UCAUGAAAAGCCUAACAAUAAGCCCAGUUUGAAGACAUCUUUCUUUUUCUUCUUCUUCGUCAGCAAUAACUCAAUUCUGUAUGCUAAACUUUUGUUUAUAACUGCAAAAUUUAACGAUUUCUAUCCUCUUUCAAAGCCCCUCAACUUGCUGAGUCCACUCUUUCUUAACUCGACCACUCGGAAUCUCAGUUAGCAUCAAUAGUGAUCAGAUGACACGUAGUCGCAAUGCAAUUGUUGCAGCUGGAUUAGUAGCUUUUGCUGCUGCAGGCUUAGCAUUUCCAUUUUACAUGGCCUCAUCUAGGAGUAGUCCAGUGAUAGAUUCAUCGAAACCUUUGCCACCGCAAGCAACAUUUCGAGGUCCCUAUAUAAACACCGGUUCGCGUGACAUUGGACCUGACCAUCAGUCUUACUCCAAGAAAUGAUCUACUUUUGAUAACAUAAACAUUACAAAUUGCUUUUUAUCUAUAGGUUCUUGAAGAGUCUUCCAGUUGUUUCAGUAAGGAAGGUGCAGUGAUUAGGUUUUGCAUCCAUUUUUCUCAUAUUUUAUCAUUUACUCGAUUGGUCAAAUGUAUCUAUUAUUUCAAGAGGAAUUUUCUUAUUACUUAUAUAUUUGGAUUCAAAAAUAGUUGAGUAGAAACUUGAAAAAUGAGGAUAAGAUUGUGCAAUAUAUGUGAAAGACUAAACAAGAAUGAUGUAUUUGGUGAAUUGUCUAGCAAGCUACUGACUUGAGCAAUGCAAUUGCUUGCUUCUACUCUCUUGUUGAUGUCUGGAUGUCUGUUGUCUGCCUAGCGAUUCAUUAUCUUAAUCCUAUGCAUGGAAGCAAUGAAGUGUUAAAAUCAUAUCUGCAAGUGAGCUGCCCCCCCUUCUGCUAAGCUCGUACUCAGAGGAGGCCUCAGAUGUGCUUGAGUCUAUUGUGAGCCAUGGGAUGGUUGGAAAUAACAUAUGCAAUUCAAGCACAUUCUCAUUCAAACAGUGUCCUGUUAAAAAGCAGAAUCCUGAGUUGCCCUGAUUGCAAAAUGCAGGAAAUUCGACAAUAAUUGUCACAACAUUAUUUGCACAACUUGCUGGAAAAUUCUUGAUUCUUUUGUUGUAUGUUAGGGUGAAAAGGUUUUUGUAGUGACUUUCUUGUCCAGCAGCUUUGGUGCGCUCUUUUUUUUAAUCCUUUUACAUUCUUGUAUUAGACUAUUA